CCACGCGAUGGACCAUUGAAGAGCUUCUGCGCACACCACUAAAGGGCCGAAACAUCGUGACUAGGAAAUCGUAGUCGGUCCUUUGUCUCCCUAUCGUUCGCCGUCCAUCACGGAUCAGGUCUUUUCUGGGCAAGGUUCGAGUCGACCCUAGUCGGACCUACGGCAUACGAACAAACAAUCAUUCUUAGCAACUCUAUACUCGCCACGGAGGUGGACAUUUUAGGAUGACCGAACUAUCUUGGCUGCAUUGAAAAGCAUAAUAAAGAGUCACAGUCAUCCGGAGAAGUGGAAGGAUUGGCCAGAUAAAAGGCGGUUGGACCGCUUCUGAAGAGCUUUUCCCAGUCCCCUACUUCUACCCGCCCGUCCCAGCCAGAAUUAAUCAUGGUGAAGCUACAACUUCUUUCACCUUUCAUCGGUCUUGCACUAUAUCCGUAUGCAUCCAUUGCUACCGUCAUUAGAUCAAGCAGUGAUUGUCGCAAUGACUUGAGCUGUUCGUUCACUCAGAUUGAGUCCAUGACCAUGACCACCCGCCUCGACUAUGUCAGAACGAUGCAGUCAGACUUCUUCAACUCUCUUAACGCAGGCAAUCAAUUCGCUGCCAUUGAGGGCGUCAUUAGAUUCUUCAUCAACAAUGACCUCGGAAAACCGAAUAGCUGGGCUUCUUAUGUUGACGCCGGUAUCGUCGAAGGCAUUCAGAACGGUGGCGCCAUCACACUCGGUCUCCACGCGAGCGAUGGCAGCAACCCUGGCACAAAGUUGUGGGCUCAAUUUUUCCAGGCCAUGAGGAUUAAUGGAUACAGCAAUCGAGACGCACACGACGAAGGCUGGUCUACCGCCGAACAAACCGCCACUGAUUAUGGCAAGAAGAUCGCAGAUGCAAGAUUUGCGGCGUCGGAGCAAGAAAAGAGGUGGUAUCUUUUCUCUCAGCUCUUCAGAAUUAUCAUGCGCAACCACAAAGAGACAAUUGAUGUGUGCAGAGUUGCGGCCCUCGCGAACCCACUAACGUGGGCUUUUGCGCCAAAGUGCGAUGAUUUGAUUAAAUGGUUGACAAACAUCACGGACGUCGAACCAACGCUUUGUUUAAGUAAGACGGUUUGGGAUCUUAUUGAUCCCAAUGUCAAAGUGCUAGAGUUGCCAUGGGUGUUUGGAAAGAUCCUUAGAGAGUUGAUCGAGUGUUUCGAAGAGACGUGACAAAACUUUACUGCAGCAUUGCUCAUCAAGUAAUUCGUUACAGUACAUAAAUUCUGUACACUAUCUAACAACAGAAGAAUGUCUAUAGUCACCAGCAGCAUGCGGUCAGUACAGACGCACGGACGCAGG